ACGGGCUCCGGGUGCCGGUGCCCAGUGCCUGCCCAGCCCCAGGGCUGGAACAAGGGGCAAGAGCCCUUCCUCUCUGGAGACCGUGGCUGCCCCGAGCCCAGGAGGGACACGCGCCGCGGCGGGAGGAGAUGGACGCUGCUCGGGCAGCGGAGGGGCACGGCGGUCCCGGCAAAGCGUUGGCGUUCUUCCAGCACCCGGUCAGGCUCCUCUGGCCCAAGUCCAAGGCCUUUGACCACCUGUACAGCGUGGGGGAGAAGCUACUGGAGAACUUCCCGGUGCAGGCCACCCUCUGCUUUUAUGAGGACUCGGGCAGCGAGGAGGAGGAGGAGGAGGAUGAGGAGGAGGAGGAAGAAGAAGAGAAGGAUGAUGAAGAAGAGGAGGCGACAGGGGAUGUGACCGCGGGACACCCGCGGAAUGCUGGCAGCCCUGACCCCAGCAGGCCGGCGUGA